AUGCCAUCAGUUCCGACUCGAGGCGGAGACGUAGCGUACCGUGUGAAAGGGAAAGGCCAGCCAAUAGUCCUGCUACAUGCAACGCUCCACGACAGCCGAGAUUACGAGGUCAUUGCCGACCGUCUAGCAGAGAAAUACCGAACAAUCAGCGUGGACUGGCCAUGGCAUGGUGACUCCAAAGGCACACCAAGCAAAGAGAGACUCAGCGCCGUUGGAUUUGCUGACGUCCUGGAGGACGUUGUUGAGGGCUUGAAGCUCGAACCGGCCAUCUUCAUCGGCAAUUCAGUUGGAGGGUUUGCUGCAGCAAGGCUGGCCAUCACUCAGCCAGACAAAGUUCGAGGACUGGUGCUUGUGAACGCCGGCGGAUUUGUCACAUGGACUCCCUUCACCCGGCUUGUGGCCCGACUGCUGGGAUUUGCAUCCAUAUCACGUCUUGUGAUGCCACAUCUUGUGGGCAGGUAUAUGAGUCCUCAGACAAGUCAUGACGAGGACAUCACCCGCAGAGUGACCACUAGAGCAAGAACUGAGGAAGGCGCGUCAGUUGUUGCUGCACUCUGGCGCAGCUUUUUGGAUCCCCGCCAUGAUCUUCGAUCUCGAGCAGAGAGCAUCAAAGCUCCGGUGUUGCUUGUUUGGGGCACACGAGAUCCGGUCUUUUCGAGGACAGCGGCUGAAGAAACUAAGCUAUGCAUAGCCGGUGCAAAGCUAGAGUUUUUGGACGCAGGACACGUGGUGUUCUCCUCGAUGCCAACCGAGUUCCAACGACUUGUGCAGCUAUUCAUCGAGUCAAUUGUCGAGGAGUGA